AAGCAUGCCCGCAAUCUGCCAUUGUUAUUUCCGUGAUUUUGUCAUCACCGGUUUACGGCUUGUCGAAAAGUGGAGCAUUGUGCUCCUUUUUUGUCGAUUUUAACACGAGACGGUUCUCACAAAAGAAAAAAAAAUGAGUAAACAUCACUCGCACGAGAUAAGUGAACAUCCGGAAAUUCAAUGGGCUCUGGAUCUACUUAAGCCAGAUCCCAAUCACGAGCCCAAUGUGUUGUCUAAGUACUCAGCGGAGAUAAUAUGUGUAACAAGCGGCUUCGCGAUUCCAUCUCUGGCGAAUGCAUACAUUGGCAAGCCGUUCUAUGCCAGAAUACAGAGGCAUGCUGCAUUUAUGGCGGUCGGAUAUUUGGCGUCGCAAGUUAUAAAGAAGCUGGUUGAUGAUUUUCAAGCAGAACGCGAUACUAGAUUGAGAGAUUAUAUCAUACGACAUCCAGAACUCUUUCCAGAACCAGAACGUGUAAAAUAUAGCCAAGUGCUGGAGAAUUGGACCCCGAUACGUUAAUUAAUUAUCAACAACUGUUAGAGGUGAUUACACCAUUUUGAUUACGUGUUCUACGUUGCAGAAAAACAGUGGUUUGAAUGUAGACAAAUUGUGUAAAUACUUUAAAAAAUAUAUAUAUAAUAUAUAUCAGAUAUGUAGUGUUUCAGCUAACAAAGACAAGACACCUUUUGAUAAAGUAAGAUAAAUAAGGGAAUGUUGUACAUAAGAUCUAUCACUUCAAAUUAUUGUUGCUCCUAGAAAUAAAAGCAAAUUUUCUUAGA